AUGAAGGCGUAUCUUUUGGCGGGCUGGCUCGCCGGUCUUGCGACGCUAGGUAGCGUGUUGGGGCAGGAGUGUGAGACGCAUACUGUUCGCAACACCAUCCCAGCGAGUCGCAAAGUUGCCCUGCAGUCGUACAGCUAUUGUGGUGGGGAUUUGAACGUGACGGUCUACGUCGCCAACGUCAACUUCAAUAAAGUCGUCAACCUCUACUACACCAACCGGCAAAACGAAAGCACGCCGCUCUCCGUCGUCUCACUCAACUACCAAUCCAGCAUCGGCUCUGAUGGCAAUUGGGAGUACUGGGGCGCCAACACGCCUGUCUACGUCGACGGCAUCACCGAGCUGCUCAACUUGACGUACCAGGCCACGGACAUUGGGCAGACUUACCACCAAGUUUUGGACAUCGAGAUCAGUGGGAAGCCAGAGCCUAGUCUCCCGGAACCGCCUGCGCCGUAUGCUUCGCCGAAGGGUUUUGGUAAUGAUAUUACGAAGUUUUUGGCUGUGAGUGAGGGUUCGGAGGCGGAGAUUGCGUUCAGGAAGAUGUUUGUGAAUAUCAAUCCUGCUAUUGAAGGAGCUGAGAAAGGGAUCGUGGUCGCGGCACGCAGUGGUCCAUCUUAUCCACAGAAGAUCCCGGACUACGAGUACAACUGGGUCCGCGACGAGUCCUUGACCAUGGAUGUCGUGCAGAUGCUCUACGCCGCUGCCACGAAGAAGAAAGCCAGAUCGCAGUAUGAGAAGAUCCUGUUUCAGUACGCUGCUGCCCGGGCUACUGAGCAGACGGAUCCAGAUCUGCAGACGGGGCUUGGUGAGCCCAAGUUCUACUUGAACAAUACGAUCUUCACUGGCCCUUGGGGCCGGCCACAGAACGAUGGCCCUGCUACUGCUGCUAUCACAUUGAUGGAGUUCGGGAACGAUUACCUGGCGAACGGCGGCAGCAUUCAAACCAUCAAGCAGCAGAUCUACGACUCGACAAACAACCCGGAUCAGGCGCCAGUGCAGAAGGACCUGCUUUUCGUGGCCAGGAACUGGACGUAUUCGUCUUUCGAUCUCUGGGAAGAAGAGUCCAGUGACCACUUCUACACCCGCAUGGUGCAGCGUCGGGCACUGGUUAUGGGGAGCGAAUUCGCAGAGAAGAUGGACGACUCUUCCACAGCUUCGACCUUGUCCUCCGCCGCUGACGCUUUGACGGACACACUCAGCCAAUUCUGGGACCCCAACCGCCAGAUCUUGCUCUACGAGUACGGUCCGGUCCUCAAAGACAAGUCCAGCUAUCUCGACACCGCCGUCAUCCUCGGCGUCAUCCACGGCUACGCGGGCGACGGCGUGUACGGCUACACCAACGACCAAGUGCAAGCGACAGCCCUCAGAAUCGCCACCUCCUUCAUUGACGUCUACCCCAUUGCCAACGACACCAAAGGAGCCUCUGGCAAAAUCCUCGGUAUUCCCGUUGGCCGCUAUCCGGAAGACGUCUACAACGGGACCGGAACAGAGCAAAAUGGUGGUAACCCGUGGUACCUCUGCACCGCCGCGUUCGCGCAGUACAUGUAUGCCUCCUCGGCCGAGUAUACCACCGCCAGCAGCAUCGCCGUCACCAGCAUUUCAAAGCCAUUCUGGGACUACUUCGCUCCGCAAGCCAAGCUUCAGACCGGACAGACAUACAAGUCCGGCAGCAAGCAGUUCAGACAAGCCAUCAACAGCCUCAACGGCUGGGGCGACGCUUUCAUGCGGACCGUGAAGUACUACACACCCGCAGAUGGCGGUCUGGCGGAGGAGAUCGAUCGGGACUCCGGGAAGCCGGUUGGUGCAGCGGACUUGACGUGGUCGUAUGCUUCUGUUUUGACGGCGGCUUUUGCGAGGGCGGGAGCGAAGGGUGAGGAGGGGUACGUCGGUAAUAUUGCGGAUUUGGGUGUGAGGGCGAAUACAUAA